AUUUUCAUUAAAAAAAAAACAAAAAAGAAACCGAACCCACCACCGAACCAACCGUCAAUUAACGACGGAACAGCCGCCACAGAACAACCGUCUCUGUCUCGCUGCUUUUAGUGAGAAAAACAAACUAAUAAAGUGUAAUUUAGAGAGAGAAAGUAACAAAAUUCCACUUCUUUGUUAGUGUCGUUGUUUGUUUAGAGAGAGAAACAGAAAGAGAGAAGGUGGGGUUUGGGCUUUUGAGGUUCCUUUUGAUCAAGAAAUAAUAAUCAUGGGUAGUCGUAAUAAUAAUAAUGUGAUAAACAGAAAAGAUUACAUUUUUCUGAAAGAUUUCAGAAUGGAAAUCGAAGUUGAAAACGAAAAAGAUUUAUCUCUCUCUUUCUGGGUUUAUCUUAUUGACUCCUCCACCACAACAUUUCCUGCGACAAUCAUCAAACAGGUUUACCCGGAUAUUACUAGCUGUGCUCCUUUUCUUGUUCUGAAUGAGAAGAUAAUCACGCUUUUUCCACUUCUCCAUGCACACAAAAAAACUACAAAUUCUAGUAAUUCUACAUCAAUGGAGAUUAAAUGUCCUCUGGAAAACUGGAUUCAUGUUGGAUUUGAGGUUCUUACUGAUAUUUUUCGGCUUCACAUUAAUGGGGAGAUUGUAAGCGAGCAGCCUCAGUCAUCCUCCCUUGACAAAAACUGGAAUUCCAAUGGACUGAGGAAGAUAGCAUUAGUUGGUUCUUGUGCAGAUGAUGGCCUGCAGGGUUAUGUUUACCAUGCAGAAGUCUUGCCUUUAAGCUUGUCCAUUAAGGAUCACUAUGUUAAGGAUCCACCUCCGUGGUUAUCAAUUGAUCUCUCGUCCACCUCUGAAAUUGAUGAAGACAAUGAUGGCAUCUGGAAUAUUGUUGGAGGCAAGGCUUCAUGUCGUAGGAUUUUUUCCUUGGAUGUGGUUUUAUUAAAUGCAAUGAGCCAGGCUAUAAACAAGGAAUUGGAGAUUGUUGCUUCACUGGUAUAUGCGGACAAUGGGCUUCCUGUGGAGAAGACAUCUGAUGAUGAAGAUCCCCUUUUGACAAGCUGCGAUGGGAUUGAAUUUUUUAAUUAUGAUAGACAAGGAAAACUAUUGCAUGGGCGUGCAUCUUUGAAGCUCAAAAUAUCUCAGCUUUCAUCCAAGUGUGAUAAUAGGCUUUUCCGCAUUAAAUUAGAAAUCCCAAAAUUCAGUGGUUAUCAUUUCCUGGAGGCAUUUUCCCAUCCAAUCCGUUGCAUCUCUCGAAGUCGUAAUCCCCGGACAUCUCUGACAUGGAAAAGGCCAACCUCUGUUGCUGAACCUUUCAACAAAUCUCAAUCAUUUGGACUAUAUAAUGGAUCUAUAGAAUUGCAGCACAACUCCAUCCAUGAGAUAAGACCUAGUCCAUCAUCAAAACGGAUCAAACUUGGGCAAGAAAAGACAUCUACCAUGGAGAAGCCAGAUGUGGAAUGCUACUCUGAUGCUUGGACAACUAAUCAGGUUGAGAAUGCACCACGGAUACCAUUAGAUAGGGGAGCAGAGAAUGUUGAAGAAGCAGACAAUUCACCAUCUGUGUCAGACAGUAUCGAAGAAAGGUUAUCGGAUUUCAAUAUCACAUCAAGCAGUAGCUAUUUGAUAUCAGAUGUGACCAUUUUUAAAUACUGCCUGGGAGGAUUGACAGAUAGGGCUCUUCUGCUGAAGGAGGUUGCAACCUCUGCCUCUGAAGAAGAGCUUUUUAGGCUUGCAAAUGAGGUGUCUCUGUACUCAGGAUGUUCACACCACAGACGACAGAUAGUGAUAGCAAAGAGGUUGAUAGAGGAAGGAACCAAAGUUUGGAAUUCAAUCUCACAAAACAACCGCCUCAUUCAUUGGGAGAAUGUGAUUUUUGAGAUUGAAGAGCAAUUCAUGAGGAUUACUUGCUCCAGUACUAGAUCCCUCACAGAAAAGGAUUUUGAGCUCCUGAGGAGAAUUGCUGGAUGCCGGGAAUAUAUGGCCCAAGAAAAUUUUGAGAAGAUAUGGCGUUGGUUGUAUCCUGUUGCUUUUACAUUAGCAAGCGAUCCAAUAAAUACAAUAUGGAAUUCUACUUCGCCAAAGUGGAUAGAAGGAUUUAUCACAAAGGAAGAAGCAGAACUGUCACUUCAGGGUCCGAGGGGCCUUCAAGAGCCUGGAACAUUUGUUCUGCGGUUUCCUACUUCAAGGAGCUGGCCCCAUCCUGAUGCAGGUAGCUUAAUUGUGACUUACGUUGGCAGUGAUUACACUGUUCACCACAGGUUGCUUUCCCUUGAUUAUAUCUACAGUUGUGAGGAAAGGGAGAUGAAUUUGAAAUCACUGGAACAUAUGCUGUUGGCAGAGCCUGAGCUCUCUCGGUUAGGAAGGAUAGUAAGACAGAGUCAAUUAACUUGAUUGAGGCUUAGAGGAAUAUCCCACUGCUUUUGCUUUUUGGUGAUAUUGAACCAUCAUCUCUGUUUAUUCUUAUUCCUCAUCUUGGCUGCUGCUGCUUCCUUUUCCCUUUCCUUUCCUCUCAUUCAAUUUUUCGGCAUCAGGGAAUGCUGUUCUAGGUGUAUUUCUGCUCCUGGUCUAGUAAUAGAAACUUGAGACUUCGAGUUGGAAUGUCAAUAUUGGAACUCUCCCAUCCUUCAACUAGCAAAAACACCAAGUGGGAUGCUUGUCUUUCACACGCCCAUGCAGGCAAAAAUGUGGUUCAGAUAAGUGUUUGUCUUGGUUAUCUGAUGCAGUUUUUUUCAUACAGAAACUAUUCAUGAGAUGAGAAAAGGACCCUUUUCUGAAUCCAUUAAUAUUCUGUUGCCUCAACAAUGAAGUAAUGCUCAGAUGGAAAAAUAUCAAAGAAAUCUGGAUAUGUUAAAUGGACCAUCGCAGAAAGAAGAGGAAACCUUCCGGCACAUGGGAUGAGAAAGAGAUGCUUCAAUGCUCAUCUGGAAAGAAAAUUAUGGGGGAUAUAUUAGAAUUAGACUGUUGAAUAACUUGAAUUAUUAUUAUUAUUUUAUAGAAAGCAACUUGAAUUAGUCUGGUUCAAGUAUUUGUGGUUUUCUCAUUCUACAAUUGGAAAAAUCUGCACAAACUGAAUGGAGAUACGCACAUGACUAAGGAGUUACUCGUGAA